AUGCAGGAAUCCAGCGACCCUCAAGUGGGCAAUUUGCUUGCAUCUUCUGCCACGGGCACAACCUUCUUGAUCCUCAUUCAGCUGACAUCUCGAAUUAUUACAUUUGGCUCGAAUCAGCUGAUUUUGCGGACACUAUCCCCUAUGGUACUGGGGAUCGCCGCCCAGCUCGAGCUUUACCAAGUCACAAUUUUAUAUUUUUCCAGAGAAAGUAUACGAAUGGCCAUUCAAAGACAGCCAAUCACCGCAGAAUCUUCAACAUCAAAGACAGGGAAAUCUCCCCGGGACAUACAAUCGACGGCAUCUCAGUCGGUCGUGAAUGUGUCUUACUUGAGCCCUUUCCUUGGAGUACCCUCUACAAUCUUGCUUACCAUGCUCUAUCAAUACUUUGCCCCAAAGCAAGCACUGGAAGUCCCCUUUUUUGGGACCAGUGUGAUUAUCACAGGGAUAGCAGCGCUCCUGGAAUUGAGCGUUGAGCCAUUCUUUGCGAUAGUUCAGCAACGCAUGUGGUAUGAGAAAAGAGCCGCAGUCGAAAUGUCAGCAGCAUUUGUCAAGAGCCUCGCAACCUGCUCGGCCUUUUUCUAUGCCUCCCAAACUGCUCAACAGGCUGGCAUUUUGCCAUUUGCAAUUGGCCACUUGAGCUACUCAGUGACCCUUGUCGGCGGUUACUGCUUGUCCUUGCUCCCUCGGGCAAGCGAGCGGCGGUUUUCCUUUCUCCCUGCUGUCAUUAAACAACACAACGAUGAGAAUAAGUAUAUCCUUGAUCUUUUCUCCUGGCGGUUGACAUCGCUUGCUGCGAGUGUCUUUUUCCAGUCCCUUGUGAAACAUCUUCUCACGCAAGGAGAUUCCAUGAUGCUCGCCGCUAUGUCAAGCUUGGAGGAUCAAGGAAUAUACUCUUUGGCUUCAAAUUAUGGCGGCCUAAUUGCACGGAUCAUAUUCCAGCCUCUCGAAGAAAGUAGUCGAAACCUAUUUUCGACCCUUCUGAGCCCCAAUGAGAGUGGAAACAGAAAUACAGCCCAGAUUAGCUUUGCAAAGGGUCAUCUGACUGAUCUUCUUCGAGCUUACCAGCUUCUUUCGACGCUUAUCUUCCCACUGGGCCCAAUUAUGGUGCCACAGGUUCUUCGUAUCCUGGGAGGUCGCCAAUGGACAUCCCCUCAGGUUGGUGACCUGCUGUCACUAUAUUGUUACUAUAUCCCAUUCCUGGCCUUCAAUGGGAUCACUGAGGCGUUUGUAUCGUCUGCAGCCAACCCAGGGGAAAUUCGAAGGCAGACGGUUUGGAUGGGUGCCUUCUCUGCAAGCUACGCUCUCGCAGCUUAUGCAUUUUUGGAAGUCUGGUCGAUGGGGGGCUAUGGACUGGUACUCGCCAACAUGGUGAACAUGGUGGUACGAACCCUAUGGAGCUACACAUUUAUUCGAUCCUAUCUUCGCCGACAUGGCAAUGGUCUGAGUGUCGCCGAAAUGAGCAUCCAACCCGCCAGUUAUAUUUUAGGAAUACUCGCCACGGUUACCAUGGUCACUCAGAGACUAUCGGGCCCAGAUCAGGAUUUGAUUCCAGCGGUUGCAUUUAGCUGUUUCUAUACGUUUUCGAUUCUCUAUGUGGAGAGACAAUUCUUAAUAGGACAAGUGAUGAAGCUGCGCCAGAUCGGAUCCUCUGGUGAAAAGGGCCCCAAAAAUGAAUAG